AUGGCAGACGCAAAUUCCGGCGCAAAGAUGCCGAAGGAUGCGAUGGAAGAUAUUACACGGCUCAGCACGCGUUGUGUGCGUAUUCUUGGUCAGAAUCCGAACAAAUUUACUCUGAAUGGCAACACACUUCUCCCUGCUAUUCUGGUUGAUGCCGGUGAUGCCCGCGAGGAUUACACGCCGUUUCUCGAAGCUGUUUUGCGCGGAACCCUGCACAUAGGCGAUGCCAAACCCGAGCAACCUGUGUGUAUUGCGAUUACAGACAUGUACGUGCAUCCACUACCUAAUGACAGCAUCGCAACGCACUGGCAUCACGACCAUGUCGGUGGUAUCCCAUUUGUGCUGCGCAUGCUGGAAACGCUGCGCAAAGUGGCGCCCGACACCGUGCCGGUGCCUCGUGUACACAAAUACCCCGAGCCGGUGACGGACAGUAGCUUUUUCGAGCGCAUGUCCAAUGUGAACCCCGCCGCAUAUGCACACAGCCCUGGUAAGCAGGGCUUGGAAGCAGUGCUCUGGCCGCUGCGUGAUAACCAGACGCUGCGUGUGGCCGACCCAGACGAUGCAUCGCGUACCUCAUCGCUGCGCGUAUUGUAUACUCCUGGCCAUGCAAUGGACCAUGUGUGUCUUUUGCUUGAGGAGGACAAUGUCCUGCUCACAGGUGACAAUGUGCUGGGCAGCGGCUCAACCGUGUUUGAAGACUUGAACUUGUACUUGCGCAGUCUGCAGCGCGCCCAAGCACUCUUGUCUGCACGCCCCGCAUCGCCCCUGGGAAUCUAUGCGACGCCAGCGUUGGGCAGCGGCGUGGAGAAUGUGCUAUACCCCGGACACGGUCCCGUAAUUCCCCGUGGUCGCGAUACACUGCGCCGCUACCUUUCACAUAGAGUGGAGCGCGAAGCGCAGCUUCUCGCACUGCUCCUGGGCCAGCCUGGGGAUAAGCGCGCGUCUUGCCAAGCUGUCGCGUUUGCCGAAAAGGUCAUUGCGGAGCAGCAACAUUUGAAACGACCGCGCGCUACCUGGACACUGAGUCAGUUCGUCGAAGUAUUGUACGAGAACUACGCCAUGGAUAUGUACCCUGCUGUCGCACGCGGUUUGCACCAGCACCUCAAGAAGCUGUGCACGGAUCCUGACGCGCUGCCAAAGCCGCCAUUCCUCAUGCACAAACCAAUCCCCGCGACGCCGUGGGCGGCGAAGACCGCACGUGUGCGUGCCGUACGCGUGCCAUCUUACCAGUACAGUGAUUCGGCCAUUCCUGACGCUCCGCGCACAGACGCAGACUGGUGGGAGUUGCUCGAAAUACCCUGGAUGGUAUGCUCGUAG